AUGGAGAGCACGCCGACGGGCAACGGGCAGCGCACGCGGCACGAGCACCGCGGGCUCCGUGGCCGUCUCGCCGGCAUCUUCUCCUCGCCCUCACCCAACCAUGACUGCUGCGAACAGGUCGCGAAGCUCAAGGAGGAGCUGCAGAGGCAGAGCGAUCUCAAGGAGACGUACAAGGCCCGUCUGGAGAACGCGCAGGAGUACCUCCGGUUCUGCCUCGAGGUCGCCCAGGAGCACGGCUUCCUGCACCUCAUGUCCGCUGCCUCCAACGACGAGCAGCACUCGCCCCGCAUCGAUGACGACGCGGAGGCCGUGGCGGCGGCCGACGACGAGGACGGGGACGAAGAACCGGAAUCGAUGGAAGCGCUGCCCUGCGACCCGUACUUGGCCGCCACGAGAGACCUUGCGGCGCAGCACGGCUGGUCCGUCGCACCGGACGAGAUCGAGCUGCAGGAGGCGAUAGGCCGCGGGACAACGGCGGACAUACACCGGGCGACGUGGAGGGGGCUCGACGUGGCUGUGAAGUGGAUCAGGCCGGAGCUCCUCCGCUCCAACCCGAGCGCCGAGGCCUUCUUCGCGCAGGAGCUGGACGUCCUCUCCCGGCAGCGGCACCCGCACGUGCUGCGGCUGAUGGGCGCGUGCCUGCGCCCGCCGGACAGCUGCUUCCUGGUGACGGAGCUCCUGAGCGGCGCCACGCUGGGGGAGUGGCUGCACGGGGGCAAGGAGCGCCGCAGGAAGGAGCUGCUGCCGCCACCGUCGCCGGCGCGGCCGCUGGCGCAGAGGGUGAGCAUGGCGCUGGAGAUCGCGCUGGCGAUGCGGCACCUCCACGAGCAGACGCCGCGGGUGCUGCACCGGGACCUGAAGCCGAGCAACGUGCUGCUGGACGCCGACUCGCGCGCGCGGGUCGCGGACUUCGGCCACGCCAGGUUCCUGCCGGACGGCGCGCAGGCGCUCACCGGCGAAACCGGGACGUACGUGUACAUGGCGCCCGAGGUGAUCCGCUGCGAGCCGUACACGGAGAAGUGCGACGUGUACAGCUUCGGCGUCAUGCUCAACGAGCUCGUCACCGGGGAGCACCCGUACAUAGACACCAGCUAUGGGCCUAGCAAGAUUGCGUUGGAGGUAGCGGAUGGAAAACUGAGGCCGAGGCUCCCGGAAAGCGACGCGGAUGCUGCCACCGGAGCCCUGGUUGAUCUCAUCUGCCGGGCGUGGGACGCGGAGCCUUCGAGGAGGCCUUCGUUUGCCGCCAUCACCGUGGCACUUCGAGGCAUCCAAGAGCAGCUGGCGUGA